GACAGGUGAUAAAGGUAGUGACAGGUAUGUCUUCCUCCGCCGUGAAAAAGAAACACGUUCGGUUCGCCAGCAUGGAGGAGGACGAAGACGACGUCGACGACAACGACGAGCAGGAGGAGGAGGAGGAGGACACCCUGUUUGACAAGAGGAAGGACACCGGGAGGGGGCUCAGGAGUGUGCUGAAGGCGGCCAAGAGGUCGAGCAAAGCGGGAUGCGACGCCCGGGUGGAGGUGGUCGGAGGAGGAGGAGGAGGAGGAGGAGGAGGAGCGUGUGGGCGCUGGAUGGUCACCCUGGCUCUCUGUGCAUCUUUCCUGGGCUUGGGGAUGAGCAUCUCGGUUCUGGGCCCCACGUUCGAGGACCUGGCUGUGAACGUGAAGAAGAACAUCAGCAACAUUUCCUACAUCUUCGUCGGCCGCUCUGCAGGUUACAUCGGCGGGUCGCUUUUAGGAGGCAUUCUCUUCGACUGCAUGAACCCCCACCUCCUGCUAGGCUUGUCCAUGCUCAUCACAGCGUUUGGGAUGUGUGCCAUCCCGUUCUGCAAACAGGCUCUGAUCCUCACCGGCCUCAUGUCCAGCAUCGGGAUGUCCAUGGGGGUUUUGGAUACAGGCGGUAACGUCCUCAUCCUGAACACGUGGGGCGAGCAGGCCGGCCCUCACAUGCAGGCCCUGCACUUCAGCUUCGCCGCCGGGGCCUUUGCGUCGCCGAUCAUCGCCAAGCUGGUAUUCGGGCCCGGAGCGGCGUCCGACAACUCCACGCCUCCCGUCGCCACAGAGCGGACGACCAAAGCCCCCGAGCCUCACACGCUCAUCCGCUACGUCCACAGCAGGACCAGCACCCUCAAGUCCAUGUGGGCCUACAUCGUGAUCGGCUGCUUCGUCUUCCUCGUCUCCUUCCUCUUCUUCGUCCUGUUCGCCCGCGGCAGCAGGACGCACGAGAAAGCUCGCACUAAGUCGGGAAAGCCCCUGGUGGCCAAACAUCACACUGCGCUCAUCGUCCUGCUCUUCUUCUUCUUCUUCGGUUACGUGGGCGCCGAGGUAGCUUACGGCUCCUUUAUCUUCACCUUCGCCAAGGACUACGCCCGCAUGCCUCAGGCGCAGGCGGCCGGGCUCAACUCGCUCUUCUGGGCGACCUUUGCGGCCUGUCGGGGUCUGGCGAUCUUCUUCGCGGCCUGCGUGUACCCGGCCACCAUGAUCCUGCUCAGCCUGGUGGGCUCCACCGUGUCCUCGCUGCUCCUCUGCCUCUUCAGCAAAGAGCACGCCGCGCUGUGGCUGUGCACCGGUCUGUACGGCGCGUCCAUGGCGACCACCUUCCCCAGCGGCAUCUCCUGGGUGGAGCAGUACACCACGGUGACUGGACACACGGCGUCGGCCUUUGUGGUGGGCGCGGCGCUGGGCGAGAUGGUGCUGCCCGCCCUCGUGGGUUUCCUGCUGGGGAAGUUCCCGGAGCAGCCGCUGCUCAUGUACCUGUCGCUCGUCACCGCCACCUUCACCUCCAUCCUGUUCCCCGUCAUGUACAAGCUGGCUUCAGCCCCCAGUGGCCAGAGUAGGAAACCCCGCGCCAGAGGCCGGCCGGACACGGACGACAGCGAGUUCCGUCAGGCGCUGCUGGACUCAGGAGCCAACGAGGAAGAAGAGGAAGAAGAGGAGGAGGACAACGAGGCGGAUCAGUGGAACGACGCAGACUUUGAGGUCAUCGAGAUGGACGACGCAUCGAGUCUCAUCAGUUCACCAAGCAAGGCGUCCUCGCCCCCUGACGUCACAAGCUCCGCCUCCUCCAGCUCCCAGCUGACGGAGCCUGUAGGAGGAUUCUCUGACACGGUGUCUCUGGUGGGAGACUCGCCCAGACGCAAACUGCUGCUCUCUCUGGACAGAGAGAAGAGAGACUGAGACCUGAAGGUUUACCGUGCAGCGACGACCGACCUGAGACCGACACCUGUGCAGCCCACUGACCACUGGUGUGUGGACUGGUUUGACUGAUUCUAAUGAUUAUUAUUUCAUUCAGUCUGUGUCGGCCCCUUUUCUCCUUCACAGUGAGGUCAGAGGUCAGUGAGGUGUCAUGGCUGGGAGGAUUCAGUGCCUUGCUCGAGGACAUAUUGAACCAGGGACCGUCAUCCUCCUCCUCUUCAUCAUCUUCAUCAUCUCGCCUCCCUGCUGCCAAAAACAGAUGUUUUAAACAUGUGGUUUCAUAAACAGGAGACGUGUGUCAUGAUGUAAGAUCUGAAUGAAUUUAUUUUCUUGUUGCACUUUUGUAAAGAUCAGUUUUUGUUUGUUUGUUUGUUUGUUUGUUUUAGGCUGAAACCAACUUUGAGUUUUGUCAGGUGAAUCGUUUUCUAACCUACGAGUCUCAUUUAUGAUGCAACUUAAAAAAAAAGAUUCUUCAUUAAGCUGCAGCUGUUGGCCAGAUGUUCAUCCAUUCUCUAGAGCUGUUUUCACAUCUGCACUCCUGAAAACUUGUGGAUCAUUUCAGGAGGACUGAUUCUGACAUUCCUGACCUGGUU